AGAUUUUUCCGGGGGUUUUUUUUGGUCGAGCAUAUACAAUUCUCUCUCCUUCGUCGCUUACCGAUCAGUCUCGCGUCUCCACCGCAAGCUUCAUCCGAGACUCCGCCGGAGCCGUCGCGAAGAGGGCUCGACGUCGGCCGUGGCAUAUUCUUAAGGACGAUCGGGUUUUACUUGCUGCUGCCUUUACUGACGAAACAGGAAAUGGUUAAAAGGCAUGGAGAGUUCUGAUUCACUAGAGAUAUCAUGUCGCAGUGCAUAGACGGUUUCAAGCAUAUAUUCACCUCCUUCUUAAGAUGUUUCGAUAUCGAUUUAUACAAGCAAUCAGGAGGCCUGGGAGACCCUGAAUUGCUUGCAAGAGAGACAGUUUUUAGUGUGAGCGAAAUUGAAGCUCUUUACGAGCUUUUUAAGAAAAUUAGCAGCGCUGUGAUUGACGAUGGCUUGAUAAACAAGGAAGAGUUUCAGUUGGCCUUAUUCAAAACGAAUAAAAAGGAGAGCUUGUUUGCAGAUCGGGUGUUUGACUUGUUUGACACAAAGCACAAUGGGAUACUGGGGUUUGAGGAGUUUGCUCGUGCUCUCUCCGUGUUUCACCCGAAUGCACCUAUGGAUGAUAAGAUCGACUUUUCAUUUCAGCUAUAUGAUCUGAAGCAGCAAGGGUUCAUAGAGAGGCAGGAGGUGAAGCAAAUGGUGGUGGCUACACUUGCAGAGUCCGGAAUGAACCUCUCUGAUGAAGUCAUAGAGAGUAUUAUCGACAAGACGUUUGAGGAGGCGGACACGAAACAUGACGGGAGGAUAGACAAGGAAGAGUGGAGAAGCCUUGUUAUCCGCCACCCCUCCCUUCUCAAGAACAUGACUCUCCAGUAUCUAAAGGAUAUCACGACCACGUUUCCGAGCUUUGUGUUCCAUUCUCAGGUUGAGGACACCUGAUUCAGUCAGAAGAGGUUUCUUCUCUUCUUUUUUUAAGGUUGCUCCCCUUGCCCUGAAGCGGUUCUUUCAAAAAAAAAAUCUCUCUUUUUUUUUUUGGUUGAAGAUUAUUGUUUGCCUUUUUUAACAAUUUGAUUCGAUGUUUACUUAUUUGUUUUAAUUGCACACCUUGCCAAAAAAAAAUCUCUCUUUGGUUGUGUUGUAUGUGCUCCACUCCGAAUCUUUUGCCAAUGUGUUCCAAAGAAAAAGUCAGCUUGGUUCUGUGAGCAAA